UCCCUUAUAAAAACGGCACCCUCUCUUCACUGGUCACAUUCAACCACCAGCUCUCACCCCAGCAAGCAGCUCCUCAAAACAAAAAUUGCAAUGGCAGCCGGUCUCAUGGUUCGCUUCGGCACCGUCAUCCUGAUCGUUAGUCUCGUCCUGAUGGUCUGCUACCCUGCCGAGGCUUACCGCAAACCACCCUUCAACGGCAGCAUUUUCGGAAAGAGAGCAGAGCCGGAAGGAACCGCUCGUACCAUUUUCUCGCUCUGCGAGUUGGCUUCGGAGGCUUGCACAACCUGGUUUCCCGCGCCGGCCGCCACCGACAACAAAUAAUGUAAUCAUGGCGAACACAACUAGGCACUGACCAAAACCGGCUGAUAAAUAUAGCUUGUACUUGACGUUUUAGCCAGAGAGAGAAGAAAUUUAAACACCGUAGCAGUAGUUUUGGGGGGAAAAGAUGUGCACUAAUAUUUUGAUUGGGCCGAGUAACGCUUGGCUCUCUGGGUUGGUCGUUUUAGGCGUAGAAUUUAUGUUUGUAACUUUCUCUGGAUAGAAUUGAAAAUUAAUAAACGAUGCACAA